GCCAGUAGCGACCCCACCUGCACAUCGAGCGCAGGCGCAGUUACGUUCCGUUCCGCGAACUUUGCGCGCGAUUCGCGCAUUCGAAACUACAGCGCCCCCACCUCUGUCCGUUUCCUCAGUAUUGGACAAUUACUGUCCCUUCUUGGUUUGUGUUUGUGCUCUAAACUGAACAACUGGAAAAGAAUCACGGCAUUCCGAAACGAUCUCUCUCAGAUAUUAUUACGCUCAACUGUGGAGUGAAUAACUGCCUCAAAACUGGUUUCUAAGAGAAAAAAAUGGCACUUAUUCUUCAAUAUAUAAAUGAUAUGCACUUAUUUAUGGACAAAUAUGGAGAUCCUCGGACGAAUCCAUGGUUCCUGAUGAGUUCACCAUUUCCUACACUUAUGAUAUGUCUAAGUUAUAUUUAUCUAGUCAAGGUUUUUGGUCCCCGUUUUAUGGAAUCAAGAAAACCUUAUGAAUUAAAAAAUUUAUUAGUAUUAUACAACUUUUUGCAAGUAGUGUUCAGUGCAUGGCUGUUUUAUGAGAUCGGGGCCGCGGGCUGGUUCACAGGCAGGUAUAGCUUUCAGUGUCAACCGGUCGACCACUCGAAAAGUCCACAAACAAUGAGGAUGGUACAUGCCUGUUGGUGGUAUUACUUCUCAAAGUUUACGGAAUUCUUUGACACAAUCUUCUUCGUGCUACGUAAGAAGUUCGACCACGUGUCGACGCUGCACGUGAUCCACCACGGCGUGAUGCCCAUGUCGGUGUGGUUCGGCGUCAAGUUCACGCCGGGCGGCCACUCCACGUUCUUCGGGCUGCUCAACACGUUCGUGCACAUCAUCAUGUACAGCUACUACAUGCUGGCCGCCAUGGGCCCGCACAUGCGCCCCUACCUCUGGUGGAAGAAGUACCUCACCACCUUGCAAAUGGUGCAGUUUGUGGGCAUCAUGGUGCACGCGUUCCAGCUGCUGUUCAUCGAGUGUGAUUACCCGCGUGCCUUCGUGUGGUGGAUCGGCAUGCACGCCGUCAUGUUCUUCUUCCUCUUCAAGGACUUCUACAACCAGUCCUACUCCCGACCCAAGGCUCGCGCGAUAUCGCCGCAGCCCAUAACGACGGAGAUCGACGAUUUGAAAAUGGCGUACAAGAACGGAGCAGUGAAGAACGGUUUCAGUAACGGGCACGCGAACGGCCUCGUGCGGGCUCGGACCGUGCUGCCGGCCGGCAACUGACCACGCUACACGCGCCCGUAGACCGACUUAAGAGACGUGAGAUACAUGUGCUGAACUUAUGUUCUCCGUGAAUUUAACAGGGCCAUUGGUGCUAGUUCGGUUGCACAAAUUCUCUAAACUCGUUGGUGCUAAUUCUGUUGUACCAAAUCUCUACACUAAAUUGUUAAUUGACAUAUUCAUUAUUUAGUACCAUCCUUUGCAUAAUUUUUCUAUCAGAAACGGCACCACAUUUUGGACUUGUCAAUUUAGUUAAGAUUUGUGUACAAACGUCUAAGCACCAUACAAGCAACACUAAGAAUUGCUAAGAAAAGUUCAUUAAAUAACGCUCGAACGUUUUUAAACAAAUUUAGACAUUGCUUCAUUACAAUAAGGUGCAAUUUCAAUUGUACGCAAUGGUGACAAAUCCAGACAAAAUUAUAACCGCGUGUGCUUGCUUUGACACUGAGUGUGAUUGUGCGUCUUAUUGCUAUAAUAAGUCAGUAACAAUUAGUGAAAUCUUUUUCACAAUGUUUUGCAAAAAGGAUAGCACUAUUUUAACACCUGUUAAUUUAGUUUUCUAAAGAGAUUUGUGUCCGACCGAAUAGACACCAUUUAUUAAUGUGUUUAAAUCCUAACUAGUUGUGCGGUGAUUUUUGUGAUGUCAAUCCAACACCACUUUUUGUUAAGCCUAACGACCACUGAAAUACACUAGAAAUGGUCGCCGUACAAUGGCAGUUAUUUUUUUGUGUCUGGAACUAAAAAACCUGGAAAUCUUUACACUGUCAAAUGGUCUUCGUGUUGACACUGUUGACAGAUAUCUCAUCAUUAACAUUUCAUUCCGAGUACGCUCCAUGACGCUCACUAUCAGCGCCAAAUGGCAAAAAUCAAAUUGCUUAAUAAACAGGUCGCCAAUCGCAAAUCCAGCGUAGAAUAUUAUUUGAGGUCAGUGCUAAAGACGGAAUACUAAAACGCAUUUUAAUUGCUAAGAAGUGCCGAAAUUCAAAAAAAUUGCUUUCUUUUAAAUAAUACAUAAAAUUAAAGAAUAAUUGUAAUCAUUAAAAUUAAGUGUCUGAUUUUCACAAAUUAUCCAUACAUCAAACAGUCCUUAAGCGUUGGAACGCUCAUUUAGGUAUUAAAAUGCGGUUCAAUAUUCGGCCUUUAGCUUUUUUAACCUCAAGGUAACCUUAGAGAGGACCAAAAUCCGGGUGUAUAUUGGUUAACAUGAUUAAUCAAAUUGUAUUCUUAUUUUUAAAGUUCUUAAAAAAAUACUAUCAGUAACCAGGAUUGGCGUCACAAAUUUACUUUAUGACGGUCACGAGCGAAUUACCUAUUAAUUGACUGCUAUAGCGAAUUAGGGUCAAGGUAUAUUGACGCAGCGUCGAAGCGUCAAAAUCUCUGCGCGCAAUCAGCUACCUUGCUAAAUCAUUCGCUACCACAAUCGGCCGGAUGCAAAUAGACGUCAAUAUACCUUGACCUUAACGUUAAAACUUACGUGGAUUUUGUAUUGAUGGAAAUAGACAACAGCUAGUCUAAAGAACAAGAUUAGUCACUGUCAGAGACAACUUUAAGCAGGAUUUUAAAUUCAUUUAUGCCAAGCUUUGCAAGACUUAAAUUUCAUACUAAAUGGAAAAAGAAACAUGAAUAUUAAGUAUGUUACAUGCCUAACUGUAAAAAAAUACUUAAUAUAAGGCAUGUACAUACUGGAUUUUCUAUCCAUUUUCGUUUUUGUAUUGUUCUCAAUAGAGGACUAUCUACGUAUAUAUCAUGGUGUUUUUGAUAUGGGCUAUUUUUAAAUGCAAAACGUUGAAUAAAAUAUGCACAUCUCUUAUUAAGUUUUUACUCCAUUUUAUAACUUUAAUCAUAAAAGACAUUAAAAUGACUAAUAUUUUUUAUGAACUUUUUAGUGUAAGAGCGUUUCCACAAUCCGAUCCGAUAACUUUGGUACAGUUGAUGUAUGAAAUGUAUAUCGUUGCUCAUAACGUGGAAACGUAGGAGGAUGUUAAAUGCUGCUACUCGCGCCCGCUUUAAGACUAAGUCGGUCUACUUUGUGGUCUUUAUCAUGAUGUGGCAUGUCACGUAUAACUUGGUGCAGCUAUCUUUGGCCUUGUGUAUUAAUUACUAAUUGAAUUAUGCGAACAAACUUUACUUUAACAUUAGUCACACAAGAAUUCUGUGCUAGGGCUGUUCCUUUGAUUUGUAUGAAAUAUGUCACGUAAUUCACAUUGCAGGCUUGUAUUAAAGGAUCAAAGGCACGUGCCUGGUAUGAAUUUCAUGUGUGGCUAAUGCUUUAGCAAUAAAAAUCCCUAUUAUUUCAUUAAAUUAGUUAUAUGUAGUUCCUCAAACUGGCAGCGCCAAUUUAUACUCGUGUCACUAUCUUGUCCCUCGCCGUGCAUACCUCAUGUUGAGAUCGAUUAUACCUUGCUUGUGUGGGGGUAAAAUAAUUCUCAUUAUAGGACUGAUAAACCUGACACUACCAAGAAUCGGUUUAUAAAUGGGGGGAAAUAAAUGAAUUUUAUUUUUAUUGUAACCUCAAAUUGAUGUAUAAUAGGGGGCAUUAUUUAAUGUGGACCUUCCGGGCAAAGGUGUCGGCAAGGGAUGCGUUGACCGCGUCUGCGUUCCCUUCGAUGUGCUGUUUUGAUCCCGAUAUGUGAAAAUAUACUCGUUGAAUCUUGUUUUUAAAAUGAAAUUCUUUUGUCUAUAAUUACACUAAUUUGUAUUCAUAACAUUUUGUCACAGGUAUACUUGUGCCUUUUUCAGUUGUAGUAAACCUAAUAAUGUUGAUUUUCAAAUAAAUCCAGUACUGUCAAGACAUUAGACAAUACACAGGCAUAUUUUGAGGAUUUUGAAAGUGUUUAUACAUGUAGCAAUUUUUUCACAUUUCGAGAUCUAAAAAAGAACGUCGCGUAAUUAGGUAGUGUAAAAUGUGAUUUAUCUAGUGUAUAUACGUUAGGCGGUAUCAGUGGUGUACAUUUUAUUUUAAUGAUACAAAAGUAUAGCUAGAUUUUGUGAUCGCGUAGCGUUUUGUACUGGUAUUAAAUUUAGAUCGCUUUUAGUUUAGUUGACAUUGGAAGGGCGAUUUGUUUGUGUUUUACGUUUGUAUAAAGGUGCUCCGUUGAACAAUUAUUAUAAUUGAUACCUCCUUGCUACAGCAACAAAUUAUUUAUGUAUAUAGACUGUCGAUUAAAUUAUUUUUACAAAAUACGUACGUAUAUUUUUUGUUGGAACUAAAUUGUAAAAAAAGAUAGGUGUGUUUUUAAGACUCCCAAACAGUUGCCUAAUUGAGAUCGACUAUUUGCUUUAGCAAGAUAUCCGUUCUUAACGUAUAUCUCAUGGCUAUAUGUAACAAAAUUUUGACUGAAAUAAUUAUGGCCUGUUUGGAAGACUUUCCUAUCAAUUUAUUUAUACUUAUAUAAUAUAUUCUCGUUCAAGAUUUUUUUUAAAUUAUAUUUAUUUUCUUUUAUCUAGGAUUUACUAUAAGAUUUGUAAUAAAUCAUUGUUACACAAAAUGCAGUGCAGUUAUUUUAUUCUUUAAAAUAUUUUAACACUUAGAUGGUUGUGUUGGCUAUUUAUUUUGUUUAAUUUUAAUUUUAUUUAUAUACCAAAUACAAUUAUAAUGUGGUACUGUUUCGAGGUCCCUGCGAACUGAACUUUAUUUUAUGAAUAUAUAGACAUGAAAUUUACCACAAUAGGUACAAAAUUGUUUAGAUAAUAAUAAUUGUUACUUAGAAUUAUUUGAAAAAAAGUUCGUAGCGACCUCGCCACAGGUAGGGGCUUUAUUUUAAAUAGUUUUAUUAUGUGUAGUGAUAAAAAUGUCCUUGUUUAUUGUACAACAGUGACCUUUUAAAAAAGAAUAGGAGAAGUGCUGCUUCUUAUGAUGUAUGUAGCAAUAAUCAAUCACAAUAAUAUAAUUAUUGUGAUUGAUGUUGAUUUAAUAAUAGUGUCACUUCCACUAGAGUAGUCACUAUUCAAAACUAACAUUAUUGAUCUAUUUUAAGCCAAUUACUGGCCAAAAUACAACAAAAAAUCGAACAAACAAUAUUGCAAUUUAGCAUUUUUAAUUUCAUGAGUAAUUGUGAUAGUAAUUUUAACUUUUAUUUAUACCUGAAAAUUACUUUUUUGUCUGCCCUAUUCCGACAGCUAAGACGCGCGUCCUAUUCCUAUUUAAGAUGCAUUUUAUAUUUGUAUCACUACACUAAAUAAAACUGUAAAAGUUUAAAAUAACGACGGGUUGUAGCAAUAACCAUUGACGUUCAUAAUUAGUCUUCCGUUUUGUUUUGUACUUAUCAGGAAUUCGGUGCUUUGCAUUACGUAUAUACAGUUCCGCUGAUGUUAUAUCGGUUACAAGCUAAUGCUCGCCAUUUUGUAAAUAAAUUUUGUUUCAUUAGUGAUAUUGAAAUCAGGUUAUGUAAUAUUGCAAUUUUUAUACAAAAAUGCAAAUAAAUUAUAAGAA